AUGUCACUUUUGGGCGCUGAAAAUAUUAAACUGCUGAAAAAAUUAUUCAUUACGGCUAAUGAAGAUAGUGAUUCAGAUGGCGAUUCACCAAAGGAAACUGUGUCUCAUAUGGGUAUCAAUCAGAUUUUUACAUGUAUACCUACUUUGAAAAUUACUGAAAUAAUUGUACUUUCUUUAGGCCCCGGAGAUAUUGGAUGUUCUAGCAAGUCUAAAAAACCGGAUGGAACCACCGAGAGCUUAGUUGACCAAAAUUCGUACAAGAAGUUAGAAGUUGAGACUAAUCAACCUACGACCCUGGAAGAAUGGGAGCAGCAGCAGGAGCAAGAAUGUGAUGCAUUACUGGAGUCACGUCCACGUCCGGAUUAUAGAAUAUCAUACAAACAGACUGUCUGCACGGAAGAUCUAUAUCUACAAAUGAAUGGCAAAACACCGAGCACGGCGAGCUGCGAAAAUAUGGUGGUUGAGAUUUUUUUGACAGGCGAAACGGUAGGCAUCCAUCACAUUGAUUUAUCGGUUCAAGAGCAAUGCGUUGUAGUGAAAUCUCCGAAAUAUUUUUUGAAACUUCAAUUGCCGCAUAAAGUUAACCCCGAUAAAGGUAGCGCCGCUUGGCUUUCGGAAGAAAAAAUCCUGAAGCUAACGCUAAAAAUGGAACGAGAGUUUGAUUUUGUGAAUUUCUGA